CUGUUCGGAUAUGACCCGGGUUGCUUAUUACUGAGGUUGCGCUGGUGGGAAGCCACUACUUUCUCAACAUUUCGGAAUGCUACGCCCCAAACUACAGGAGACAAACACACUCCAGCUGUUGCUAUCCUCACCCUGUUGAGUCUGGUUCUGACGGGAUUUAUAGACACCUCUAGUUCAUGCUCAAGAAGAAAUACCAAGCGAUAUUUUGUAAACGCGUUUCCCCACACGGAGGCGGGUUCUUCCGCUGAGGCCGUCGCUGGAAAUACACGACUCGACGGAGAAGCUAUCGUUGUGUCUGGAAAACUAGCAAUAAUACAACACACUAUUAAGGCCGCUUCGUUGCCAGUUAUUGUAGUCGGGUGAGGACCGUGGUUUGCUUCUCCGCCUGGCCAUGCGAGGAGCUCGGAUCUACGUAGAAGAAUGGUUCUGCUUCUCCCGGCGUUAGCUCAGCGGCGGCUCCAUGGCCAACAGUAACAACAUGCUCCUGGCCUCUGUCGUGGUCGUGUGGGAAUGGCUGAACGAACACGGACGGUGGCGGCCCUACGGCCCCGCGGUCUCCCACCAGAUAGAGGCGGCCAUCCGGAGCAGCGACCCCCGCGGAGGAAGCGUGGUCCUCGGCCAGGUGGACAACCGGCUCUCGCCGUACAUCAUAGAUCUCCAGUCAAUGCACCAGUUCAGACAGGACACAGGAACCAUCCGUCCGGUGCGGAGGAGUUUUUAUGACCCAGCCUCGGCCCCAGGUCAGGGCUGGCAGUGGGAGUGGGAGAACGAUGCAGGUUCGUGGACGGCCUACGACAUGGAGGUGGCCAUCGCCAUCGAGAACGCCCACAGCCGGCAGCAGCCCUGUUUCGACCUGACACCACUUGGCUUCUGCUACGUCAUCGAUUUUCAAAACAUGACACAGGUAAACAGACAGAGCCAGAGGUGUCGGAGACUUCAGAGACGAGCAGACAUAGCCUACCCUGUGGUGUCCGGUCCUGUCCAAAUACCUAAAGGGGGAGGAGGAGGAGCCCUGCUGGGUGUCGGGGUGUCGGGGGCCAGCACAGGGACUGGAAGCUCUAUAUAUCCCAAUGGUGGCUUACCGGCUCCUGGACUGGGACAGCCUUGUUCCUGCCAGCAAUGCAUGCUGGUCCUUAGUGUGAAGACCAGUACAGGAGGGGCAGGGAUACAGACUCUAGGUAGACGCUCACUAACCAUGCAACGGGCCAGGAACCCACCACCCAUCUCCUCAAAACCCCUGAGUCCAUCUAAAUCUGCCACUCUGGGGCGAGGACAGCAGCUGAACUCCAACGGCAACUCCAACUACUACCAGACGCUGCCGCACGGCCUCGCCAUCUCUAGGAACAUCUCCUCGCCGAGAAGGAAUGCUCAGCUCUUCGCUCAGUCCCUGGCCGCCCUCACCGUCGGAACCUCCACCCUGGUCGUCUCCUCGUCUUCCAACAGGCCACCCCCACCAUCCCUCCCGCCCCCUCAGCCUCCAUCCUCCAAACCCAACGCGGUCCCUCCGUCCAUCCCGCCCAAGCACUCCUCAAUGUCAGCCAACGACACAGUGCCAACCGCCACAUUAGUUACCCCCGCCAACAUUGUGACCACGCCACCUUCCCCCGUGCCAUCCCCGUCGCCGAUGCCAAUGAAGCCGCAGCACCCACUGGCGUCGGCGUCAACAGUGUGCCAUGCCCCGUUGCCACAGAGAUCAAGCUUAGCAGGGCUGAGUAGACCAGCCUUGCAGAGGAUAGCCAUGGCCCAGUCCAGAGCGCUCAUAGCGUCAGGUGUGCCAACCGUCCCAGUGAAGAACCUCAACGGAUCCAGUCCUGUCCACCCUGCACUGGCCGGGAUCACAGGUAUCCUGAUGAGUGCUGCCGCUCUGCCUGUGUGUCUGACCAGACCCCCAAAACUGGUGCUGCAUCCCCCACCUGUCAGCAAGAGUGACAUUAAACCCGUGCCAGGCUUCGGCCACUGCUGCAGGAAGACCACCAAGAAGCAGGCUCGCAAGGGUAAAACUCCAGAGGAUGUGGUUAAGAAAUACCUGCAGAAAGUAAAAAGUCCACCAGAGGAGGACUGUACCAUCUGUAUGGAGCCGCUGGGGGGUCCGUCUGGUUAUAAAGGCCCAGGGGUGGCGCCUGUGUCUCGGGCGGAGUCAGUUGGGCGGUUAGCACAGUGUGGACACCAGUACCAUUUCCAGUGUUUGGUGGCCAUGUAUAAUAACGGCAACAAGGACGGGAGCCUUCAGUGUCCCACCUGUAAAACCAUCUACGGCGUGAAGACAGGCAACCAACCGGCGGGGAAGAUGGAGUACCACGUCAUCCCUCACUCCCUGCCGGGGCAUCCUGACUGCAAAUCCAUCCGCAUCAUCUACAACAUACCGCCAGGCCUUCAGGGACCAGAGCAUCCGAACCCAGGGAAGCCCUUCACUGCCAGAGGCUUCCCGCGACACUGCUACCUCCCCGACAGCGAGAAAGGACGCAAGGUACUGAAGCUGCUCCUGGUAGCGUGGGACCGCAGGUUAAUCUUCUCCAUUGGAACUUCGAGCACCACCGGGGAGUCUGACACCGUCAUCUGGAACGAGGUCCACCAUAAGACAGAGUUUGGCUCCAACCUAACGGGCCACGGUUUCCCCGACCCCGGACACCUGAACAACGUCCUGGAAGAGCUGCGAGCUCAGGGCAUCACAGAGGACGACGGACUGAUGGAGAAGUGAGAGGACCAUGAAACAGGGCGGUGUGAAAGGACGGAGGAGAGAUAAAAAAAACAUGAAAAUAAAAGAAGAAGAAGCAGGAGGAGGACUGAGACUCUCCCUGCCAGCACUUAACAGGGGUGCAGGGGACUUUUGGGGGUUAUAGAAGACAUAGCUUUUGUUUUGCGGAGGGAACCACUUUUCAAUAUGUCGAUCGAGUCUGGGAUCGCUUGUCGGUACAAGUCUGUCAACACACUUUUCGCGCAAGCACAUAAACAGCAGUGGGGGGUUUAAGAAGAAGCCGCAGCAGAGAAAGAAGAGGAGAAGGAGGCUAAAGAAAAAAAUGAUAGCACUCAUGGGUUUAGGUACUACUAAAUGUCUGAGAAUGAAUCGGUACUAACACUUAGGACACUAACAAGUUCAAUUUACUGAGAAAGAGCGUAACCAGGAAAAGAAAGUAAAAAGAGAAUGCAGUUAUAAUGAAACCUGCUGGGAGAGAACGGACAAAGGAAGAAGUAAGAGCAGCGGGGGAGGGGACAGGAGGAGGGAACGAUGUAGCAGAAAGAAACGGAGAUGGUGUAUGAAUGUAGCGUAGGAUAGGGGUAGAGUAAAAUUAACUUGUAUGGUACUCAACUGGGCUAUCAUUAAGAGGGUACAGAGAGUGGUGGAGGAGGAAAGACAGAUGGAUGGUGCUCGCUUUUGUACACAGCACCUGCCUGUGAGUGGCUCAGUGCUGCUGCUCUCCCCUGUGGUGGUGCUGAGAAACUACAACUGCAAGAUAAAACUGUUACUAUGAGUUAUCCACCUGUUACGUUGUAUCAUUGUUACCUAUAAUCCUCAUUUAACGUCAUUCCAUACUUUACCUCUACAUUGACCUAAUGGGUUUUUAUAUGUGUUUAUGAUUGCGUGUGAAAUGACAAAAAGACCAAACGCAGGCCAGGUCUGUUUGGAGUCUUACUUAUCGAGCCCUUGCGGUGAAAAUGAUCCGUACAUACACAGGUACCAGUAUUUACUUAUGUAAUUUUAUUUCUGUCCCUUGUGACGGUGCACAGUGGAUGUAAAUGCUGCGAGAGGAGCUGAAGAUGUGAAUAAAAACCUGAAGAUAAAACCAAUUUGAGUGUUGACAAAAAUGCUGAGGAUUUGAGUUUGGAUCUAGUCGAACAAGCUUCACUAUCAAACUCAAGAGAAAGUAAUCUGCGGCUGGUUCACAGCCAGAAAAAUCCUCAGAUUUGGCGGGGGGGUGGGGAGGAUGAAGAGGUAGACUGGAAGUCAUGACCUACGGAGGAAGGAAAAACCAAAAUAUUCCAAUACAUUUAAAUUGUUCAAUUUGGCAUUUUUUCAAUGACACUGUAUGGUGGCCGUCAAGUGCAAACGCGCUACAAGAGCCUGGAACAGUUCCAUUAGGAGAAACGCUGCAUAAAAUAUGCAAAUAUAUAAACACAAAUGUUUCAAAAUACAUUCAAAUUUAGAAACUAAUUCACCAACUUGACAAUACAUACCAAGUAUUCAAAAAACAUUCAGAGUGUUUGCCAUAAUAUCAGAAGCAAUCAUGCGAUCACAUUGUUAAAUAAGGCGAUCAAAUUUAAAGUACAUUUUAGGAAACUUUCCAACAACAGUCAAUCGGCAAACUUUAUAACUAUGGUCCCAGCUGUGGACAUACUUUUUUAGUGUACUUGGUUUACGUUGUGUUUUUAGCUUCUUGUUUUCUUGUCUUCUCGCUUUGUUUAUGCAGCGCUUUCAGUAAAUGCUGAGCAUGGUUUGUCAAGUUGGUGAGGUCGUUCAUUAUUUGCACGUGAUUUAGCUAAUUUUUGUUAUUAUAUCUGUUUAUGAAAAUGCUGUGCGUUUCUUCUAAUGAAAAUGUUUUGGGCCGUUGGAGCGCGUUUUCACCUGUCGGCUACCGUAACACUGGGAUUAGAAACUCCAAUCAGUCUUAUAAACUAUUAUGAAUGCAAGCAUUUAUUUUUUAUAACAUCCAGUAUUCAUUUAAAUGUGAAUUCCUAUGUUAUGUAUCAUCAAUAGUUAAUGACUGUCCUCUUUUUUUAUUUAAGAUGCCCAAAACUGUUUUAGACCAACAACAGGGAACUUCCAACUGGGCUUGCUUCUGAUUGGCUGGCGUCCCCAAAGUCUAUGAGAGAAAAACAACUGAUUGUAAGCAAUACAGAGUAUGGGAUUUUUAAUAUUGGACUUGUUCACUGCAGUUUGAGAUCAGAAUAUCUUAUCUUUAAAAUAAAAAUAGUUUAAAAUCCUCUUCUUACCCCUACCCUUCCUGACCGAUGUCACACAGCCCAGUCUUUGAGUUGGGUCUAUAAAGGACCCCUUAUCACCAUGUUACAAGAAGUGUGUGUGAGAGUGUGAAAGAUAACCUGUGUACUGUGUAUACUACCAACAUGCUCCCAGUUUAGGGUUUUGUUUUGGUACUCUAUCAUUCAUUAACUCUAAUGAUGAUGGCUCCCCCUUCCUUCUUCAUCAUGUAAUUUUAUUUUGAAAAGUAGGUACACUUUUGUUUUCAAUUUUCUUUGACCUUAUUAUAGAUUAAACUGCCUUUUUUAUAUUGUAUGUUUAUGUCGUAUUAAUUAUGCCCUGUUUUUAUUUGUUACAAUUGGUUUACAGAGACGGUAUUGUUAAAUACGAUGUCUUUUUUUUUCAUUGUGUACAGAAAUUAAGCUGAUCUGUGUCCUUUUGUCUUUGGAAAAGGAAUUUGAUGGUAGACUUUUAUUUGAGUGUGAAAUGUAAUGACUUGUAUGAGCAAGUCAAACCCUUACACAUGUGCUCUUCUGUGAGGUAAAGAAUGCUUUUAUUUUUACAUAUCAUCUGUCUUGUUAGCUUUAUCUGCUCUGAACCUUAGUGAUGUUGGACGGUUUUGUAGCGGGUGUGUUGAUGGACAUUUUGAUGUUAGUCUUAAGUUCACCACUCUUUAAGCUGCAGAAUGGUACAAGUGCCAGUGGCAUGAUGAAAAUGAUUAUUUUAAACAAUUUAAAAUGUAAUAAAAUCAAAAUUUCCUCCUGA